AUGAAUUUCGCGCUCGGCGAGGAGAUCGAGGCGCUGCGCGACAUGGUGCAUCGGUUUGCGCAGGAGCAGAUCGCCCCGCGCGCUGCCGAGAUCGAUGCGACCAACCGGUUUCCUGCCGACCUGAUGCCGAAACUGGGCGAAUUGGGCCUGCAUGGCAUCACCGUGCCCGAGGCCGAUGGCGGCGCGGGCAUGGGCUAUCUGGCCCAUGUGAUCGCGAUGGAAGAGGUCAGCCGUGCUUCGGCGUCCCUGGCCCUGUCCUACGGCGCCCAUUCCAACCUCUGCAUCAACCAGAUCGCCCGCAACGGCACUGACGCGCAGAAAGCGCGCUAUCUGCCGGGCCUGAUCUCCGGCGAACAGGUCGGCGCGCUGGCGAUGAGCGAGCCGGGUUCGGGGUCCGAUGUCGUCUCCAUGAAGCUGCGCGCCGACAAGAGAAACGACCGCUACGUUCUGAACGGCAACAAGAUGUGGAUCACCAACGGUCCCGUCGCCGACACGCUGGUCGUUUACGCCAAGACCGAUCCCGAAGCCGGCCCGCGCGGCAUCACGGCCUUUCUGAUCGAAAAGCAGAUGACCGGCUUUUCGACCGCCCAGAAGCUCGACAAGCUUGGCAUGCGCGGCUCGGACACCUGCGAACUGGUGUUCGAGGAUUGCGAAGUGCCGUUCGACAAUGUGCUGGGCGAGGAGGGCCGCGGCGUCAACGUGCUGAUGAGCGGCCUCGAUUAUGAGCGCAUCGUUCUCGCCGGCGGCCCGCUUGGCAUCAUGGCGGCGGCGAUGGACGUCGUCAUGCCCUAUGUGCACGAGCGCGAGCAGUUCGGCCAGCCGAUCGGCGAGUUCCAGCUGAUGCAGGGCAAGCUGGCCGACAUGUAUACGGUGAUGAACGCCUGCCGCGCCUAUGUCUACGCCGUCGCGCAGGCCGCCGACCGGGGCGAGACGACGCGCAAGGACGCCGCCGGCUGCAUUCUCUAUAGCGCUGAAAAGGCGACGCAAAUCGCGCUGGAGGCGAUUCAGUGCCUGGGCGGAAACGGCUAUAUCAACGAAUACCCGACAGGACGCCUGCUGCGCGACGCCAAGCUCUACGAGAUCGGCGCGGGCACGAGCGAAAUCCGCCGCAUGCUGAUCGGCCGGGAACUGUUCGCGGAGACGCGGUAG